CUUCCGGCGUCCGGGUCUGUCACUUUGCUGUGGGGAGUAGGGCCAGACCAGCAAUCCGGGUCGGGUUCCGGGAGUAGCUGCUCAGGAGGUUCAAGGAGCCCGAGACAGAGAUAGCAAAGGGACCCGCUAGCAGUUCUGUGGCGGUGUGCCUCGCCCACCCACGCGUCGGGCGCACGGGCUGCGCUGUAGGGCUAUAGGGCCGCGCCCGGGGCCUCGAACUCUUCGGCCCGCGUUGGUCUCGACGCGCGCUCUGCGGUCGGAACGCGGAGACCUGCGCUGUCCGCGAUGCUGGUCGCUAGCCUCCUCCCAGCCCGAGCCUCGGGUCCCACCGCGGCGACGGGCGCGCUGACGGAUCCGGCGCUGGCUGGAGUAGAAUUUGUGAUUCUCUUGCUUCAGCCUCCCAGAGUGCUGGGAUCAAAGGCAUGGUCCACCAUGGACAGCCGGGCAUGAUGGCUUUUGAGGAUGUGGCCGUGUACUUCUCCCGGGAAGAAUGGGUACUCUUGGAUAAGGCCCAGAGGGCCCUGUACCGCCAUGUGAUGCUGGAGAACUUUGCACUUGUGGCUUCACUGGGAUUUUUUUCCUCCCCACCUCGUGUGGUCGUCCAGCUGGAGUGUGGCGAGGAGCCCUGGGUUCCCACUGGGAAGGACUUGAUCCUGGGCAGGAACGCUCACAAGAGGCUGGACCUUGGUUCCUAUUGUGCGGCCCAGCACAGAGGCAUUUUGAGAGAAACCACAGCACCAGCGGCUCUCCCAGGGGCCUUCGCUGGCACCUCCCGUGGUCCUUUUGCCAGUGUCCCGUCAGGCACUACACCAUCUCAAGAGAGGAAGCCCAUGGGAGUGUCCGUAAUCUACUGGGAGAGGCUCCUGCUGGGAUCAGGGCUCCGGCUGAGCUCUCCACAGAGGGUUGGCCAGCCCCGGGACAAGGAUCUAGAGGAUCGGUCAUCAAUGCAAGUGCCGGAGGACCCUGAGCCAGGGGAUCGGAGCAUGUCCUGGGGAUUAGGGUUAGGGGAGGAGCCAGGCGAGCCAGGCCCACUCCCAGGGGAGAAGCCCUUCGAAUGCAGUGCCUGUAGCAAGGUAUUCGUGAAGAGCUCUGACCUGCUGAAGCACCUGCGCACUCAUACCGGGGAGCGGCCCUAUGCGUGUGCCCAGUGCGGCAAGGCCUUCAGCCAGACCUCCCACCUGACACAGCACCUACGCAUACAUAGUGGGGAGACCCCCUAUGCCUGCCCGGCUUGUGGCAAGGCCUUCCGACACAGCUCCUCACUCGUACGCCACCAGCGGAUCCACACUGCUGAGAAGGCCUUCCGUUGCAAUGACUGUGGCAAAGCCUUCAGCCACGGCUCCAACCUCAGCCAGCAUCGAAAGAUCCAUGCAGGGGGCCGGCCCUAUGCAUGCGAACGCUGUGGCCGGCGCUUCUGCCGCAACUCGCACCUGAUUCAGCAUGAGCGUACACACACAGGCGAGAAGCCUUUUGCCUGUGCACUCUGUGGCGCCACCUUCAGCCAGGGCUCCUCGCUCUUCAAGCACCAGCGCGUGCACACAGGUGAAAAGCCCUUUGCCUGCACGCAGUGCGGCCGCGCCUUUAGCCACAGCUCCAACCUCACACAGCACCGGUUGCUGCACACAGGUGAACGGCCCUUCCGCUGCACAGACUGUGGCAAGGCCUUUGCCAAGGGUGCCGUGCUGCUCAGCCACCGGCGCAUCCACACGGGCGAGAAACCUUUUGCCUGCACACAAUGUGGCCGUGCCUUCCGUGAGCGCCCUGCGCUUUUCCACCACCAGCGGAUCCACACGGGCGAGAAGGCCCUGCGGAGGUCAAGGGCCCGGCCUCCCCCGGUGGAGGGGGUAACAGAGGAGACCAGGGCUCCAGCUAACUCAAACCCCUCGCAGGCCUGAGUCCGCUUGCACAUGGUGCUGGGAUUGUCUUCAGAGGUCAUGCUGCAGAGACAUCAGAGGUUCAGCCCGACAUUGGGCUGUCCCUGUACCUGGACUACAGUCAGAGCCUGGAAAGACCAGUGGAGGAAGCUCUGCAUGCUGGCUCUGUUGAGUGCUUUAUGGCAUGGGAAGCCUGGACCUGUCUGUCCACACAUGCACUAGCAGCUUCUCCCAGGCCUCUGCCAUCCAGGGAUUCCCUGGGACCUCCAAAGCCCUCUGAAGGCUUCUGAAUGGGGGUUAGAGGGCUGGCCUGGGCAGGCAGCUGGGUUCUGAACUUCAGCUUCUUCCUCUGGGCAAAGGUUCCUGAUAAGGUCCUAUAUGUUCACCAACAGCCCCUCUUGCUACUGAAAAUUUCUUCCAGUGAGCCCUGUGCUGGUAUCUAUUUCCACUUAACAGAUGAAGUGGAGACACAGAAGAGAGGAGGUGAAUUGCCUAGGCACACAGCAGAAGCAGACGAGAAUUCAGGUACAAUGGCCUGGCUCCUUGGGUGCAGCAGACUCUCAGAAUAUAGAGGCGGGUGGUGGAAGAUGUGGCCCUCCCCAGUAGAAAGACAGAUCAAGGAUGCUGACCCUGGCUGUACAUUCACAUUCUCACCCACUCCAUCACCAGCCCCUGAUGCCUGAGUCAAUGUUCAAGAAACCUUUACAUCUAAGGCUGUAUUAACUUCAGAGGAAAAGAGAUGAAACUACUCACUUUUGCUGGGUUGGUGGCCACAUAGGCCCUGUUGUUCCACCUCAGCUAGAAGGUGACACAGCUUAACAGCUGUGUCAUUACCUAAGACUGAGGUCCCUUCAAGCUUUGGGGACAGAUUGUGGGGGUGGCCUAGUUUGCCUCCUCUGUCCUUCAGCAGACCAGGCCGUGUUUCAACUUGACACAUCAGUACUGGAGAAGUUAAUGAUCUUUGGACUGGGGGAAGAAAAAGACUAGUAUUUACAAAUUAGAAUGGAUAUAAAUUGUCAUUUCUUGCACAGGAAUAUGAAGUCCACAGUCUAAGCCUUGGCUACACACCAGCAUCCAGGUUUUCACAAGACUCCAAAGCAGCUCCCUUAUUAUAUGCAAGGCUCUGAGUUCAAUCCUCAGCACCACACACACAGAAGAAAAGAGGCUCCCCCAAAACAUUUUUUCUUUUUUGGGAGAUGGGAGCUAAGCUGCAUCCUUAGCCAUUUUAUUUUUUAUUUGAAGGUGGGUUCUCAAAUUACUUAGUUGUCUAGGCUGGAGAACAAUAUAUACUCCUCUUGCCUCAGCCUCCCAGAGUGCAAUAAUUACAGGUGUACACCACUCGUCAAAGUUUC